AUGCGCUCCAAGUUUAAGGACGAGCACCCGUUCGAGAAGCGCAAGGCCGAGGCCGAGCGCAUCCGCCAGAAGUACGCCGAUCGGAUUCCGGUCAUCUGCGAGAAGGUCGAGAAGUCGGACAUCGCGACCAUCGACAAGAAGAAGUACCUGGUCCCCGCCGACCUCACAGUGGGCCAGUUCGUCUACGUGAUCCGCAAGCGCAUCAAGCUCAGCCCUGAAAAGGCCAUCUUCAUCUUCGUCGACGAGGUCCUACCGCCCACCGCCGCUCUCAUGAGCUCCAUCUACGAGGAACACAAAGACGAGGACGGCUUUUUGUACAUCACAUACUCCGGCGAGAACACCUUCGGCAAGGCUGCAUAA